CAGUAGAACAGGUAGGGAACAGCUCUUUUCGUGGUUGCCUUCUUUUAUUUCUCUGCACGCCUACUUUCAGAAUAGUUGAAAACAACAAGUUGUUCCUGUUGGAGAACUGAAUUGGAGUCAUAGGAACAGCUUGAGAAUAUGGCAUGUAACAUACCUAACCAAAGACAGCGGACUUUGUCGACAAAUGGAGAAGCUCUAUAUGAAAUUCUUGGUUUGCCCAAGGGAGCAUCAAAUGAAGAAAUUAAGAAAACCUACAGAAAAUUGGCCCUGAGACACCAUCCAGACAAGAAUCCAGAUGAUCCAGCUUCUGCUGAGAAGUUUAAAGAAAUCAACAAUGCCCACACCAUACUUACAGACAUAUCCAAGAGAAACAUAUAUGAUAAGUAUGGAUCACUGGGACUCUACGUGGCCGAACAAUUUGGAGAUGAAAACGUCAAUACCUAUUUCAUGCUGUCAAGCUGGUGGGCAAAGGCCCUAUUCAUCAUCAUUGGCCUUUUGACUGGCUGCUAUUUCUGUUGCUGCCUGUGCUGCUGCUGCAACUGUUGUUGUGGGCGCUGCCGGCCCAAAUCAUCAAUGUCAGAAGAGGACUUUUAUGUGUCACCAGAAGACCUCGAGGAACAGAUCAAGAUUGACAUGGAAAAAGAUGUGGACUUUCCUGUUGUUCUCCAGCCUACAAAUGCAAAUGAGAAAACACAGCUGAUCAGAGAAGGACCUCGAAGUUAUUGCACAGACUCUUGAUGUUGAGCCUGAGGGUCCAAAACACCUCCUCUUGGUUCAGCCAUGUCUCCACAUGGUUGGGGGAGGUUGAGACAUGAAAUGCUGUGAACUUUUAGACACUUGUAUUUUGUUUUUAGGCUAAGGGAAAAUGGUUACUACAUAGUUUUCUCAGUAGGCAGACUUUCUCUUUGAGUAGAAUUCCUAAUGAAACACAUUCAAUUUUGAUGAAUAAAGACCUGAAGACUCACUUUAUGCUCCUUAAAUUCAGUAAGACAGUGGUAUUAGACAGUCUAUAUGAGCCUGUCCCUUAACUSAGCUAGACAUCAUAUUCACAGACAAAAGUAGGAUUAAGUAGAUUCCAUCUACUUAAUCAAAUGCAAUGUUCAUAUCUGCCACAAUAUCAGCAAAAGACAGAAGAAUUAAGGGGAAUUUUUUUGUAUGUGGAGCUCUUUGUUAAUAUUUGACAUGGCUAGAGAAAUAUUUCAAGAGUCAGGAAAAGAUGAUUAAAUUCUAAAAGACAAAUCACAUUGUUUUAGAGUACAUUUUUUUGGAAGGUUAAAAAUGAACAUUUAUUGAAAACCAACAAGUAAAACCAGGAAGAAACAGAUUUUGUGUGUACCUUUAGGUUGACUUUAAAAACAAAACAAAAAAUUCAAUCUGUUUGAAUCUUAUAAAUAAUCCAGAAAAUCUUUCUGAGUCUGAACCGGUACCAGUGUGUUGACCAUUUUUCAGUAAAAUAAUUUUUGUAAAACUGGCUCAGAUUAGUUAUACUAAGGAAAAGAAACACAUGAGGUAAUGGGGUAAAAUUCUAAAUUUAUAGUUUAAUCAAUUUAAAGGUAUUAUCUUCCUCUUUUUUGGUGGAAUUAAUUAUACUGUGCAGAAAAUGCUUAGCUUUGUGCGUGUUGGGCAAUUUGAACUCAGAAGUUGUCUCUGUAUUUUCUUGUUUGAUUCUUACAUUCAUCAUGUGAUAGAAACUGUGUACUAUUUUAAAAUAGUUCAGCAACAAACCUUUUUUCUGAGUCUCUUAGUUCUUUAUAUAAUAUUACAUUUUCAAGAUCUUGUUAUAUUUUUAUAUAAUAUUGCAUGAAACGCUAUCUUUUUUCAUUGUUUAAUAUUCCCCUCAGCACCAAAUUAUGGUCAAUUGCUGUUAAAUAUAUGUUGUAAAUGAAAAUUAGUGUUAUAGCUCUGAUAGUUCUGAAAUCAUUAA